AUGAAUAAGCUGGCGAACAUGCGCCACUGGUCCGAGAGGAUGAGUCCAAACUUCGGCAUGGGUCGACCCAGCGUGCCCAUGAACAACCUGAACCAGCACUCGAAAUCCGUCUCCCAGCCCGGCCUGCCUCUCACUUCUCCCGCCGCCGACGCUACGAUACACUACUCGUUCAACAUCCCGUUUGCCUCUGAUCUGGCUGGUCCCAACACCGAAGACAUUCUGCACGCUACCACCGAUGCCGUUUUGAGAUGGACGCACCCAGAGGACGCACCGGACGAUGUCGACAUCUUUGAGCUCCCUGCCCAUGCCCAAAACCUGGCAAACCUGCGCAGGCUCUGCAGGGAUUUGUCCAGCGGGCCUCUGCCCAUCGAAGCUCAAGUCCUCGUCUCAGCCCCCAAGAAUGGCAAGAGCCAGCAGAUUACCACUGUCUGUCUGACGGGAUCCCCGGAGCUCGUCAACAAGAGCCGGGAGACCAUUUUGAACGAGAUCCCCAUCUCCAUGCGAUGUAUCACAAUUGAUAUCGAUGGAAACUUGGUCUGUGACCUGAGCGCUGGCGUACUCAAAAAGCCCGUCCUGGACAAUCUGGAUUACAUUUCUAAAUACUGCGGUGUCGACAUCUUUCUGUUGGGGCCUAAAUUGACACCAAUGGUCGAUGGAAUGCUGGGUGAUUCCGAGAUGCGAAUGGAUCAACGCUGGAGAGUUGCAAUCUACGGCGAUAUCUUGUCGUCCGAGCACGCCAAGGCCCGAGUGCUUGUUCAAAUCGAUACUUUGCUUGGCCGAAUGGUGGAUGGUUUGAAAAUUGAAUCGUCCCUUCACCAGCUUGUCUGUGGACGACAUCGCAAGAAUAUCAAGCUCAUCGAGUCUUCAACCGGAACUGCCAUCUAUUUCCCUCCUCUCUUCUCGCAAAUGUAUCGCUACUGCCCACCCAAUGCGAAUCGGCGUGAGCCUGCAGACGUCUACAUCACAGGAGACUCCCAUCAGGCCCUUGAGCUGGCCAAGCAGAAGCUUCUUGAGACAGUUUCUCGCAUUCGGCUCUUUGUCAAGGAUGUAAAUAUUCCUGCUGCCAAACUCGACAACAUCCUUCUAGGCCGCCUGGAUAAGGUCCGCAAGAUUCUCGAGGCCAAUGGAACGUACAUUAUGCUUCCUCAGUUGGCAUGCCAGCGCACAGCCGUCCGAGUUCACGGAAGUGAGGGCCUGCCCGUUGAACGCACCGUCCGGGAGCUCAUGUCACUGGCUGGCCAGUUUUAUGGCGCCGGAUGGUACCUUCAACAGCCUGAAAACAGGACUCUUCCCGCCCCCCACGAAAUUCACUCCAUGCUCGCGGAUAUCUGCGCCAACUCUGAUGCGGAGGUGUCCUUUGAUAAGGCAUCCUUUACCGUCACCGGCGCCGAUGACUCUGUCAAGUCUGCCCUGGCCGCCAUCUCGGAGUUGAAAUUUGCAACCAUCGCUCCCUAUCAAAUUCGUGUUAAGAUUGAGCUUGCAAAUGAGCACAAGGAGUUUGUGAGUGGUAAGAAGAACGGCAAGAUCAACAAAAUUAUGGGACAAAGCAAUGUGCAGAUCAUUUUUGACGGCUUUAACGAAUACAACUUCAAUAUCGACGUCAUGGCUGCUACUUAUGAAUCCAUGAAGCAAGGUCUAACCCUGGUUGAGCAGGAGAUGCCGGCAUCUAUCUCUUUCCAUGUGCCGGAUCAGUACCACAAGCGCAUCAUUGGCAUCGGCGGCCAGCACAUUCAACGUAUCAUGAAGAAGCAUUCCGUCUUUGUCAAGUUUUCAAACGCCAUGGACAGAGGUGGCAUGGGACGUGAGGAUGACGACAUCAAAGUUGACAAUGUCAUUUGCCGCACGCCGGCUCGCAACGCCCAAAACCUGGACGCUGUCAAGAACGAGAUUCUUGAAAUGGUUGACCGAGCUGACUCCGAGUAUACUUCUCAGAUUGUUAGCGUUGAUCGAUUGUACCACCGCGAACUGAUUGCUCGUCUCUCAGAAAUUGACGAGCUUGAGCAAAAGUACAACUGCAAGAUCAACUUUCCUAGCACUGAGCAGGCGAGUGACGAAGUCACUGUUACUGGCCCCCAGUGGCAGGUGCCUCAUUGCGUUGAUGAGUUUCUCGGCAUGGUCCCCGAUAGGCAUGAAUUGGUGCUUGCUCGUAGCGCCAAGCUGGUCAAGUUCCUGGAGUCUCCUGAGUUUGCGCAUGAUCUUGUCCCCAAGUUGAAGAGUCAGUAUGAGGUGGAAGUUACUGUUCAUCAGAACCCUGACGAGACCACCGAGGAUGGCUCCCCCACUGCUACUCUCCUCUGGGGCUUCACGCGCAACAACGCAGGAGGUCUCCGAGACGCAAUCGACUUUUUGCUCGCCCAGUUUGCUACUGCGGGCGUCGAGGCUGAUAUCGUCAAGGGCUCCAUCCCGCGUCCCAAGUCCGAUUCGUUUGAAGAUACGCUUCAGUAUUUCGAUUCUAAGCUUCUUCAGCACGCACCCGCUUCGGCAGCCAGCGACUCUCCCAUCAAGAAUGCCUUCAAUGCAGACAUUGCUCGAGAACGCAGCAGCAUUCUUGAUCGCCUCAGGCGCCCGGGGAGCAUGACGUCCAUCUCUUCUUUCUUGGACCGCAGAAAGAACAGCUCACACUCGGCCGCCGGCAGCUUCUUCAAGGGCUCUGCCAACGUCUCCAAGUCGUCGCUCAUCUCGAUCGAGUCAACGCGCAGCUUCAACGCCGAUCGAAACCCUUGGAACGACAGUGGUGUCAACCUGGCUGAUGAUGAGAACCCCUGGGCUCGUCCUAUGAGCAACCACCACUUCGAGAGCAAGUUAACCAUCCCCCUUCCCAAAGACGCCAUCACUCCACGCCACACUACCCGUGCGUCCGGUGAUAGCGGGCGACCUUCUACUUCACACUCUAUGAAUUCAGGAUACCCCGCCCCCAUUGGGCCUUUCCGUUAG